UUUUUUUUUUUGCUUUAUACGUAUAUACAUAUUUAUAACAACAUGACUUCAUAUUGGUACUCUACAAAUGGCCUAAGUCAUCGACGUUUAUCUAAUAGUCAUUUGACAGUUUUAGAUCAAGCUUAUGAACAACAUGCACGCAUUCAAAUUUAUGAUGAUGAAAUGUUUGGAGAAAAUGUUAUUGCCAUUGCUAAUCCUUAUCAAGGCACAAUGACAGCAGGAGAUCUUCAUUUCGGAUUAUAUAGACAACCACCUAUGUGGCACAUGAGUAAUAUGAGUUUGGAUACACUAAUAUUCAUGGAUACAGAGGCGCUCAACAGCGGCCAUAAAGAAGAAAAUAAUGCAGCUAUUCAAUCUGACGGUAAACCCAAGUAUAACUUUAUGAUUCAAAAAAAGAUGGUAUCUUUGGAAGAAAACUGUAUUUGUUGCAUAAUUAGUUGAUUUUGAUUUUUGAUUUUUUCAUUAUAUAUUAUAAUAAAGAAUAACAAAUGUUAUAAUGUAUAAUUUGGAUUUCAUAAAUAAGGAGUAUUUUUUCGAAGAAGAAGAUGAUAAUGCAGUAUAUUAAGACAUUUGAUUUGGAUCAUUCACUCUGAGAUCGAGAUGGUUGACCGCCUGCUUGUUCACAACGAUAAUAACGUUCGCAUCCUUUUAGGCAAAGAUCUUUCGCAGUACCAUAAUUGUAUCCUUCUUGACAAUCAGUCUCUCGACCCUGACAUUCUGCAAUUACAAUGGGCCAUGCAUAAGGCGGUA